UUCAUUCACUGUCAAAAUUAAUUUUUAUCUAUAAAAACGCGCAAAGUUGGAGUUGGCAUAGAAAUGGCUACGACAGUUAUGAAAGUUGAAUACGAGAAUGAGGCGUGUGCAAUAUGUGGUUCCGCCGGUGAUCUGCUUAGCCUCGAUGAACACGACGCUGGGUCUCCUCCCCUGCAAGUGCCUUUAAGAUCUAUGUUACUGCAGCUUAACAACAAUAAGGUUGUUCCUGAAGGUAAACUGUGUAUAGAAUGUGUACGGCGUGCUAUCGAAGCUUAUGAAUUUAGUACAGCACUAAGUACAAAAGGCGCACCACCAUUAAGUGAAAAAAUCAGAGCUUUGAGACGCAAAUUACACGAAUUGACUCAGAAGAUUGAUGUGUUCAUUGUCGUUGGUGGCCCGGGCGUGAACUCCGGUGGUACAUAUAAUGAGGAUGAUAUAAUAAUGGUGGAGAGAGACGCGUUGGCUGCUGCCGCAGCUGCUGAUGAUGAAGACCUGGAGCAAGCGAGGAAUGCUUGCGGUGAAACAGUUUAUCAAUGCUCAGUGUGUCCAUUAUCAUUCCAGCGUGCAAGUGAGUACCGCACCCACAUCUCGCAGCACCCUGGCGGCGCGCGGCACUCGUGCUGGACGUGCGGCGCGCAGUUCGCGACCCGCGCUUCCCUGACUGAGCACUCGGCUAUGCAUGCAGCCCCCGACAUCACUGGGUCUACAUGCCGCUUGUGUCAUACUAACUUCCAGAGUGCCUCAGAGCUCCGUCGUCAUGAAGCUACAUGUGAAGCUCGUUGUCCAAUAUGUAAUGUGAUCUGCUCGUCCCGCGCUGCGCUGUCAGCACACGCGCAGUCUGCUCACGCCUCACCGCCGCUGCUCUGUGGCGCGUGCUUCCGUACAUUUAACACAAGGGAGCUGCUCGCUGCCCAUAGACUACGGCAUAGACAUGCUGAUAGAUUUGUCUGUGGUUACGACUCUUGUAUACUGCGUUUUGCUACCAGGAAUGACUUGUUGUCGCACAUCCGCAAGUGCCACAGCAGCGUGCCGGAGGCGGAGGCGGAGGCGGAGCCCGCGCAGCCCGAGCGCAGCGCGCCCGCCGCCACGCCCUGCCCGCACUGCCCGCGCACGUUCGCGUCAGUGGCGGCCAUGAAGCGACAUAUCCGAGUACAUCGCAAUCGUCACACGGAACAGGAGGGUGCUGAUUGGCACAUAGAGGCGGAUGGGGAAGGGGAAAUGGAGGGUGCCGGGGGAGGGGAGGUGGAGUACCUGGAAAUGGACGCCCUGGAUGACAUGGAUUAUGAUGACAAUGAUAUGGGCUUGAAUUAAUUUAACACAUUACAUGCCGCUAGUUUAAAGUUACAAGAUAUUGUUGACAUUGAGUGUGUUAAGACAAAAUUGGUUGUUUCGUCCAAAAAUUUGUAAAACUUACAUAGACUUUGAGUUUGUCUCAAAUGUAACAGUCUAGUUUAGUUCAAUAUGUUUUUUUUUAUGAAAUUAAGUAAUAAAGUUCUUAUAGUUUGUGUUUAUAAUA